AUGCACCAUCUCGACAGAAAGUGCAAUUACAACUGCUCCUGUACAAAUGGAACACCUUGCCAAAAGCGCGGCGGUGUAGUGAUUUACAGCAGGUUGCAACUUGGGUUUAAGCGGAUGUUGAUUCAGCACAUCGACCUGGAAAUGGUUUGGUUGCGUUCCAAAAAACGAGAAGCAGGUGAAUCAUUCCUCAUUGGCUGUCUCUACAGGCCACCGUCCGCACCGGCGGCUUUUUGGCAAUCUUUACAGCAAGUCAUGUAUGACAUUCAGGGCGAAGAUCUCAUUCUGAUGGGCGACUUAAAUAUUGAUUUCUUGUCCCCUCAAACGCAUCAUUUUGACAAUUUGAACACAUACCUGCUACUUCCCCUUGAUCUGAAGAAUAUGAUUACGCACCCUACAAGGAUCACACCUACAUCUAAAACACUUCUCGACUGUGUACUAACGAACAUGGAUUGUGUUGAGCACGGAAGCGUUCACUCCUGUGAGUUCACCGAUCAUGAGUUUGUUCACACCAGUAUUAUUUUUCCGAAGUCAAUUCCAACACAAGGACAAAUAUAUCGAAGCCGCCGCCGUGACUACAGUAAGGCCUCUGCCUCUGAUCUCUCUCAUUUAUUGUCAAUUUCUGAUCUCGGAUCCUUCUCGUCCCCGUCGGUCGAUGUAAUGCUAGAAGAGUGGCAAGGAAAAUUUGAAGACGCCUUGGAUGUGGUUGCACCCUACAUAAUAUCACGGAGACAAUCCCCUGGAAAAAGGAAGAAGUGCCCAUUCAUGACACCGGAAUUACUAGCUCUCAUUAGGCGACGUAAAACCGUCUACAGAAAGUACCGCUCGUCUGACUGCAGUAGUACGGUUCUACAGAAGGAGUUCAAAGUUUUGCGCAGCAAAUGCAAUAACCUUUAUCGCCAACUGCGAAAUGCCCACUUGUGCUCCAUCUGUGACGAUUACCGGCGAGAUCCUAGGCGUCUUUGUAGCACCAUCAACUCAGUCACCCUGCGCACAAACCCAAGAACUGAGCCUCUCGUCCAGGCAGAUACCUUGAACAGGUAUUUCCAUAGUAUUGUGUCAGAUCCGAACCCGGCUUAUGUUGUUCCAAGUGGUACCUCAAGAUCGUGUGACUUGCACGAGUUUCGCCCUAUUUCUGAGGAUGAGGUACUUCGGCACCUUCAGAAACUCGACGGUACGAAAGCGCCUGGGCCAGAUGGUCUCCUCCCGAGCAUCCUGAAGGCCGUUGCACCAGUCAUCGCCUUCUCCCUCACCCUGAUAUUUAAUACCUCUUUGUGCACUGCUGUGUUCCCGACACAAUUCAAGUUGGCUAAUGACACGCCGAUAUUGAAAUCCCGUAUGGGCGAUCCUACUUCUCCUUCGAACUAUCGUCCUGUGUCACUCACGUCGAUUCUGGCUAAGAGUCUGGAACGCCUGGUUCUAAAUCAGUUAAGAGACAGUUUGACCAUCGAAAAUCACCUCCACGAUCACCAAUUUGAGUUCCGACCAGCUCGUUCCACGACACAACUGCUCACACUUGCUGUAAAUGAUUGGAAACUGGCCCAGGAUCGCGGAGAGACUACCAGUGUAGCCUUUGUCGAUCUCAGCAAGGCGUUUGAUCGCGUCCAGCAUCAACAGUUACUCGUUGCGCUCCAUGGCAUGGGUGUUCAUGCAAGCGCCCUGCGUUGGUUUGCGUCGUACCUUGCCGGGAGAUCUCAGCGUGUCGUCACGCAAGCCAGCCAGUCUUUAAGUCUUGCAGUGUCUCGAGGAGUUCCUCAGGGAAGUAUUUUAGGCCCUACCCUCUUUAAUGUCUACCUGAGGGACCUUCCCCGGCUUGCGGAGACAAACGGAGAGCAGCAGCAGCCUGCAGGUCUUAUUCGAUAG